AUGACGAAGAAAUAUCCUACUCACGGGUCUACUCUGUCUGAUUCCACAUCUAUUUUGGCGUCACAAUCUGCCACAGCCAACUCUCUCAAAAUCGCAAAAUUAAUACCCUUCAACUCUUCUUUCUCUUCUGACCACGAGUAUUGGAUUCACACUACUACCCUAUUCAACAGUCGCACCAAGACUUUCGAUAAAAAUGUUUCUCUUCAAGUAAACACAAAGACAGGCCUAAUAACGAGAGUUAGCACGCGAGAAAACUCAUCAAUUUCUUCUUCACUCGGAGAUAAUGAUAUCGACCUCCGAGGAAAAACCGUUCUACCAGGUUUUGUAGACGUACACACUCAUGUCUUCCUCCACCGUGUAGAUGAGGCUGGUUCACCAUAUUUGAAUCAAGAACGAGACGAAUCUCUCAUUUCCCGCGCCAUUCGUGCCACGACCAAUUGUCGUCUAGCUCUCCUAGCCGGAUAUACCACGUACCGCGACCUCGGACUGAAGGAUGCUAUAAUGCCGAUAUUGGUUGGAAGCUAUGAGAUUCGCCAAGAGAAUAAGUUAGGGGGGACGGAGACUCCGCGUUUGAGCGACCCUUGUGAUGGGGUUGAAGGAUGCAGAGCAGGUGUGAGAAGAAGGAUUGGGGCUGGUGCUGAUGUCAUUAAAAUCUAUGCUGAGUAUCGGAGACGUGCGUUACGCUAUCCAGCAUCUACAUAUAAAGGUUCCGAAGACAUUCAAUUUCCUCCAUCUAGAAAUCGAGGAGAGGAUAUUUUUGGCCCCAGAGAGAAGUUGAGAAACCCAAACUCUCUUCUUUGGAGUCAAGAAGAAAUGAAUGUUAUGGUAGCUGAAGCUAAACGCGCUGGUGUGCCGGUGGCAAGCCAUGCCAGCUCAGAAGAGGCAGUAAUAAUGGCUGCUAAAGCAGGUGUCACGAGCGUAGAGCACGGACUCAUGCCCAGUGAAAAGGCAUUGGAAGUGAUGAAGGAAAUGGGUACAAUCUAUGUCCCUACACUCUCGGUCGUAGAAUUAGAGGCAAAUGAUGGAGGAAGAGCAAUUGCUAUUUGUAAAGAGCACGCAAAACGAGCUUGGGAGAUUGGAGUGAAACUAGCCACAGGAUGUGAUACAGGGCCAUUCCCCCAUGGAGAGAAUGCGAGAGAGAUGGAAUUAAUGGUUCAAGCUGGAAUCAAUGUGGCUGAUGUGUUGAGGGCUGCUACGCUAGGAGGAUGGGAAGCUUGCGGUGGAGAGUUGUGUGGGCAGGAUUUUGGAUGGUUGGGUGAGGACUGGAUUGCAGAUUUGGUGGCUCUAGGCGGAGAUCUGGAAAAAGAUGGAUUCGAAAAAGUUAUUAGAAACGUCAGCUGUGUUAUCAAGGACGGAAGACUGGUGGUAGCGGAUGGGAAGAUUGUUGGUUUUGUUUGA